GCCAACCAGAAGGCGUAAAUAUUCUCAAUCAAACUUCAGCUGCAGCUCGAUUCAUUAUUAUCUUGUCACAUCCUGGACAUGUAGCGAACUUCAUUGAAUGUUUAUCUUGCAUGACUUUUGGCUCUUUAUAGCAAGCAGAUGUGCACCAUCGCGGAAUAGACAUCCCUGCAUACAUUGCACACGUCUUCGGAAAUGAUUUUGUUUGAAGAUAUAACGACGAUUUACCCUGUCGCAUCUUCACUCCGAGUUCUUUACAUUUCGAUGCUACAAACUCCUGAGAAAAUACCCAUGACAUCGAUACACGUGACCGCUUCACGGCUAUUUCGGGAUAACGGUUGUGAGGAUGUCGUCAGACUGCCUCAUCCUGCACGAUAUAUAAAGCCUUCGGUGAGCAUCAAUAGGAACCCCUUCGUUCUCAUCCUCCUUAUCUACUGCCGUUUCGUGAACACCAUGAGUGCAACACAGAAGAGCGCGCUCAACAUUGUCAUGGGUGCCAUGACGUUCGGAGAGCCUGGGAAAGAGGGAGCUCGCGUCCAUGAGUUGAAAGAUAUCGAAGCCAUCUUAGAUGUCUUCCAAGCCCAUGGGCACUCUGAAAUUGAUACAGCUCGUGUGUAUACCGGCGGGACUUCUGAGCAACUCCUCGGAAAGAUUGAUUGGAAGAAACGCGGGUUGAAGUUGGAGACGAAGUUAUACCCUAACGCUGCACACGCAAGACUUCAAGUUCCGGGUGCGACCCUGAUUUCGCAUUCGCGUGAAGAUCUUCGGAAGCAGCUGGACAUCUCGCUCAAGGCAUUGAACGCUGAGCAACUAGAGAUAUGGUACCUCCACGCUCCCGAUCGGACGGUUCCUUAUGAGGUCACGCUCAAAGCUGUCGACGAACUUUACAAAGAGGGCAAGUUCAGACGGUUUGGAAUCAGUAACUAUGCAGCGUGGGAAGUCGCUGAGAUCGUAGGGAUCUGCAAGGCGAAUGGUUACAUUCAACCUACGGUCUAUCAGGGUAUCUACAAUGCUGUUCAUAGGAAUGUGGAACCAGAGUUAUUCCCGUGUCUCAGGAAGUUCGGGAUCAGUUUCUAUGAGUUUAACCCUCUGGGUGGCGGGCUUUUCACUGGCCGCUACAGCUCUCUGGACGACAAAGUCGAGCCGGGAUCUCGUUUCGAUCCUGAGAAGAACCAGGGAAAGAACUACCGCCAGAGAUACUGGAACGAACACUACUUCAAAGCCCUCGCCCUCAUCCAAGCUGUCGCUGACAAAAACAGCCUGACGCCGGCUGAAAUUGCUCUUCGUUGGAUCUCCCACCACAGCCUUUUGAAACGCGAAUUUGGCGACGCGAUAAUUAUUGGAGCUUCCAGCUUGGAGCAUAUCGAACAGAACUUGGUGGACCUGGAGAAGGGCCCUUUACCUGAAGAGGUCCUCAAGGUGUUGGAUGAUGCUUGGGACUCGGUGAAGCCUUAUGCAACAAAGUACUGGCAUUGAAUAAGUGGAACGAAGUCAUUAUGUUGGAUUAUAAUUGUAUAUCGUUCAGCUUGGACUAUCGCUUCGCAUGGGGGAACUCGACAUGUGGAGAUAAAAUGUAUUUCUCAAGUUCGAAAGACUUGCACUAUAAAGUAGCAACAUUCUACUAACACCAUUAAAGCUGCAUCUGCCCA